CAGUGGUCUUCGAGUGGUGUCUUUUCAGGAUGAAUGCCUUUCACAGAGUGCUGCUUGCUGCAGCUUUGAGCACACUGGUGUAUGAUGCCACUUUUGGAGAGAAAAUCAUUAAUGGUAAGAAAGCCAAGAAGAACACCCUGAAGUUCAUGGCUUCGGUGCAGGUUAAUGGAAAGCACAAAUGUGGAGGAUUUCUCAUAGACCCCAGCUUCGUACUCACUGCUGCCCACUGUUAUGACGGGGGUAAGAUGACAGUGGUUCUUGGCACUCAAACCAUCAGUGGAAAUAAUGGGGAAAGAUAUCCAGUGGCCAGUAAGUUCAGACCCACAUCAUACAAACAUCCAAAGACUGGGGAUGACAUCAUGUUGCUGAAGCUUUCCAACAAAGUAAAACUCAGUAAAGGUAUGAAGAUCAUCAAAAUGUCAAGCAAGGACAAAAUCAAGCCACAAACAAAGUGCCAGGUGGCAGGAUGGGGAAAGACUUUGACCCAGAACACAGUGAACGACCUCCUGGUGACUGAUAUAAAGGUUAUACCUUUUAAUGACUGUCAGAAUGAGUGGAAAGUUACGAAUAUUACACUCCCCGACAAUGUGCUGUGUGCAGGUGGAUAUGGCACUGAAAGUGGAGCAUGUCAGGGUGACUCUGGAGGACCUUUGGUGUGCAAAGGUGAAGCAGUGGGCAUUGUCUCCUUCAAUUUGGCUAAUAAUUGCAAUUAUCCAAAUGUACCCAACAUCUACACUCAGGUUUCCAAGUUCAGAACCUGGAUAAAGAAAAUGAUGAAAAAAAGUGCUUAAGUUUUUUUUUGUUUUUUUUUCCUGUUUUCUCUACAUUUUUUGUGCUGCUUUUGCCCUGACUGCAUGUGAUUACUCAUCAAAGCUUGAAUAAAACAUGUUUAUUUAAAUGUUAA